AUGUUUGAACCGAAGAAUGGCAAGCCACGAAAAAGUUUACCGGCAGCUUUUCCAGCAUUGGGCCGCAAUCCGAGUCAACCGACACAAGACAUUGGGACUGACUCUGAAGGUGAAGAUGAAAGCCCAAGCGGGCAUCGGGAUAAAUAUGUUGGUUUGGGUCUUGGUCGACCGAUCGCUCGAACUCGAUGGCUGUCGCGUCGGAGUAGCAGUGGCGCAUUUUCGAGUGGCAGCGACACAAACUCACUCACGGGCACUCCCACGCGAGCAAAAGGACGUGACUGGCACUUGCCCAAGACACAUCGACCUAUACAGUUUUCACCCUCGAACAAUGCACUCAAUUUAUCUCCUGGCCGGUCUGCUUCCAGCUCUUCCUCUGCCUCCACUAUUGGCUCGCCAACUGGAGCCAGAUACACUCGUCAUCAUCCAUUCACUCCACGACCCAGUUCGGUGCGUCGUCUGUCGGACCAGUCUGUCGAGCGGGUGGGGUACUUUGAGAGGGAAUUUGAAGAGCUCGACGAACUUGGAAGUGGCGAAUUUGGCAAGGUCAUCAAAGUCAAGUCGAGAACACGACAUGGAGAAUAUGCAGUCAAGAAAUCGAAACGAUUUGAGGGCGUGCGACAUCGACUGAGAUUACGGGAAGAAGUCGAGAUUUUGCAACAUCUCACAUGCGGUGGCGUACAACCAAAUGUUUUGACAUUUGUCGACAGCUGGGAGGAAGACGAUGUGCUCUAUAUUCAAACGGAGCUGUGCGAAUUAGGCAACUUGGCUCAUUUUCUCUGGGAGUACGGCCGAGUCUUCCCGCGACUUGACCAAGCUCUCAUCUGGAAAAUCAUGGUUGAGCUUAGUAACGGUUUGCGCUUUAUCCAUGGCUCGAAUGUGAUCCACCUCGACAUCAAGCCGUCAAAUAUCUUUGUGACUGGGGACCGUCGCCUAAAAAUUGGGGAUUUUGGAAUGGCAUCGAUAUGGCCCCGAAUUGUUGAAGCGGAAUCUGUCGUCGGGUUUGAAAGAGAAGGCGAUAAGAUGUACUUGGCGCCAGAAGUCUUGCAAGGGCGGUACGGGAAGGCUGCUGAUGUGUUCAGCUUUGGCAUGACAAUGCUCGAGACAGCAUCUAACAUUGUAGUGCCCGACCAAGGCGACUCAUGGCUGCGUCUUCGCCGAGAAGACUUUUCACAAAUCGAGAUGGAUGACAUGCCGGAACUGUUUAGCUUGAUUCGGGCAAUGAUGCGUACUGAACCCGACGAGCCCCCGACCUAUCCUCCGAACUGGCAUCCAAUGGCCCCCGGUGUCGACCCAACUGACUACAGAGCCUUCUAUCCAUACACACCAAACGAAGUCAAACAUCGCAAGAGGACAACGAGCGCCCAGCUCAAGGUCCUUGAAGGCAUAUUCAAACGCGAUACCAAGCCAAAUGCCGCCCUCAGAACAGAAUUAGCCUCGCAGCUGAACAUGACCGCCCGUGGUGUCCAGGUAUGGUUUCAGAACCGACGGGCAAAGGAAAAGAACAAGGCUGCAAAGGCACUGAAGAAGGAUGCCUCUUCGCCGUCUGAAGACGGUGAACCCUGCGAUUCACCCUCUGAGGCUGUCCCUUCGCUUUCGUCCAGUUUGUCUCCUUCCCCAACCCAGACAAGUCCACCUCAGCUUCACGUGGUCACCGACUCUGCCAGCUCGUUCGGACUUGGGUCGCCAGUGAUUGAAACGCCAGAUGACGAGCUGCCUUCCUUGCAUAGCAUGCGCCGUGGAUCGCUACCUGUCGUCGGCUCGCUUGUUGAUCCUUUAGACCCUCUAGCCAGGCGUCGUUCAGUCGACGCUAGUCUAGCCCGUCUUCCUCACAAUCCCUAUGCGGCAAUCGCUCGGGCAAAGAAUAGUGCCCUCCUUGCCACUCAACGACUUUCUGCUGCCCGCCAACAGCCUCGUAGCGCCGCCUAUAUGCGGCCAGUAAUGCCACAUAGGACAACAGUUCCCAUCCAACACACUCGUCAUUCCUCUAUGGACGCCAGAGGCUAUCGAAUUCCCCAAUCCCCUUCACCUUCUCCCUUGUCACCUUUCCAUGCUGUAUCCAUUCGUGACCACCAUCUCUACCCAACCCGCAACAUCUCAGCUCCACUUCCCGGGCCACUACCAGCGUCCGGCUACUCAUUUGGACAGGCCAACACAACUUGCUCAACAGACACCAGCGAGCACAACUCGCCCGUCGACUUCAGCAACUUCGCAUUCCCUCGACCCGAUACUGACACCGAAGACGAAAGCUCUGUGUACCAAGUUUCGCGCUUUGGCUCAAUUGCGAGCGAGUCGAGUGCAACGAGCGGGUUUUACUCGGACAUUUCGAACGAGGCGCCCGACUUCCGAAGACGCGAAUCUUGUCCAACUGGUUUUUUGAGCUUGAUGUCUGGCUUGGAUGUCAACGCACCGCGACGGGCGAGUGUGGCGGAGGGUCUGCUUGCUGGCUCGCCAGCAAUAGUCGGCUAUCCUUCGCCCGCAUCAACUGUUUCUCCAGGGUCGAGUCCUCAUCUUCCUGGCUCCAGCGAGCUCAACUACGCUCUGAAACACCAUGAGCCAACCGUUCCGGAGACGGCUGAACCGACUACGCCUUUCUUCUAUGAUGCCAACAGCUACCCAACCCCCUCUGCAACUGCAGACUCGAGUGUUGAGUAUUCACAGUACGAUUAUGGGAUGGCGGGUUAUGUCGAAGAGGAGUUCCAAACACCGACGGAGCGGUACUACGAGCCACAGCCGGUGGCUGAGACGGUAUUUGCUUAUUCAUGA